AUGCUGGGGGACAGCAGGUGCAGAGGUGACUCUGCAGGAGCUCGAAGAGACAAUCGGGUGGCGGCAGAGUUCGGUGCGGAGGUGCCUGCGGCAACAGGCAGUGGGACCCAUAUAGGAGGUGCUCGGGAGAUCCGAGAAGACAGACGUGAUGCUCGAGAAGAGGAAGUGGAUGCCGAUGCUCGAGAGAGAGUGGUUAAAUUGCUGGCCUGUGUAGCAGAGUGGUAUUGUGCAGGCUCAGUUUGUGCCCCUCUGGUGGGACUCGUGAGUGGUCCGGAGCAGAGCUGCGACUGCACUCGCAACUGGCUGGAGGAGUCUGUGCCACAGCUCGAGUACACCGCGGCACAGGAAUAUCCACACACUGCCACCACAACCUCUGCCGCCGUCGUGAUCUCUGACGUUUACGGCACCGUCCGGCCUGCCGCGGACUCGUCCCGACCCGGCGGCGGCCACCCCGAGGACGACAUCCCGGUGUCGGACACGGUGACGUCGACAGGCGGUGCUGCCGUUUUGAUGUCCGCAACUGCUGACACCGGCAACAGCCGGAUUGACGACACCGGUGACGACGGUGACGCCAAUGGAGUGGAGGGGGAGCAGCCCUCUGGCGACGCUGGCUCGGGCGGUACUGCCGACAGAAAGCCACCGUUCCGUUACGAGGAGCUAAUUGCUAUGGCCAUACUGAAAUCGUCACGCAGGAGAGCGACGCUGAAAGAGAUCAACACCUACAUCGCGAGCCGCUUCCCCUACUUCAAGCGCAGCGAGAAGAGUUGGCAGAGCUCGGUGCAGUGCAAACUGUACUUCAGCAAGUACUUCCUCAAAGUGCCGCUGGCGGUCAGGAACCGCAGGGGCAAACGCUGCAACCUCUGGAUGCUCGACCCACAGUACGAGGACGUGUUUGAGCACGGAAACUUCCGUCAACAAUGGCGCUCGAAGCGACCCUCCUACAGAAGCCGCUGCAAUGGCGGUGGAGAUACCGACGUCGGAGGUGGUGCCGUGUCGUCGUCUGCCUUCCUGCACUGUGCCAGGUACGAGCACGGAUCUAUUCCAAUUUCUGAUAGGAACGACAGUGCUGCAUUUCAAGAAAGUAAUCUUCAAAACGUUACCCACGAUGAGCUGGCGACGGAGCGAGAGACGUCGGCACACUUCGUCAGUAAUAGUGUUCCGACACGAGGCAUUAUCUCACGAGAGGAUAACCACUUCCGCAGUGCAGAUAAUGUUGCUGAAGAUGUAUUAGCAGUCUUGAGUUUCAGUGGAUGUGUUAAAGAGGAGCCAGAAUUAGAUAUAGGAGUGGAAGCAACUGAGAAUGAGGAGGCAGAUACAAGAGGACACUUUCCAGAUAUUACAUGGUACACCACACCGACCUCGACCAGUCUGUCGGCUUCUGCGGUCGGCAGCAGUGUCCGGUCCGCGCCCGACUUGCCGCACUCUGGCGGCGACCUCUGCGAGCCCGACACGGCGGCGCCAGGUGUGACGACGUCGGCGAGUGGCGUCGGUACUUUAACUCCCGCACCCGGUGUCACCGCCGACAGGAGUGGUGACGGCGGUACCGGUACCGACAGUGAGAGAAUCGCCACCAGCGGCGGUGCCGACGGGGCGGGCGAGGGGCAGCUCCUCGGUGACGGUGGCUCUGCGAGUACUGCCGACACGAGGCCACCGUUCUCCUACAGGACUCUCAUUUCUAUGGCCAUAGCGCAGUCUCCACUCAGGAAGGUGACGCGGUCGGAGAUCUACGCGUACAUCGUAGGCCAUUUCCCCUACUUGAAACGCAAGGGGAAGAUUGUGCAGCACUCACUUAGCUGCACCCUGUCAUCCAGCAAGUGCUUCGUUAAAGUACCGCGGGAAGCUGACGACAAGGGCAUCUACUGGACGCUUGAUCCACGAUACGACGACAGGUCGGAGAACGCCAGUUUCCGCUGCCUGCAACAAAUGGAGUGGCCAUUCCGGCAGGGCCUCGCAGCGGCCGUGCCCGCACACCGAGUGCUGUGGGCUGCCGAUGCCACCACUGUCAGUGGCAGUGGCGCCGUGCCUCCUCCCGUGUACCCACCCUAUACCAGCACCGGCCGGGCUGCCCCGAACUCGUCCCGACCCGGUGACGGACACUGCGAGAACGACACUCCGGUGUCGGACACGACAUCUGCGGGCGACGCUGCCGUUCUGACGUCCGACUCUGGUGGCACCGCCAAUAGGGGGGAAACCGCCGCGGACCGUGCCGCCGACGGGAUAAGCGAGGAGCAGUGCCGUAGCGUCACUGGCUCCGCCUCUGCCCGUACUGCCAAAAAGAGGCCGCUGUUCUCCUACACGGAGCUCGGUGCUAUGGCCAUAGCACAGUCACCGCACAGGAGGGCGAAGCUGUACGAGAUCUUCGCCUACGUCACGAGGCGCUUCCCCUACUUCAGACGCAAUCGGAAGAUCUGGCAGAAAGCGUUGAGCACCACCCUGUCACGCAACAAGUGUUUCAUCAACGUGCGGCAGGAGGCUGGCAAGCUGAAGGGCAGCUACUGGAUGUUCGACCCGCAAUACGAGGACAUGCUAAAGAACGGCAAAUUUAGCCUGUGGUGCAGGAAGCGACCAUUUCACAGUGGCCCGACAGCGUCGGUCCCUGCUCGCCAAGCGCACACACGCCGUGGCCGACACCGACACCACGGCCUUCACCGCCAACAGCAGCAACACGGCACCGGCCUGUCGGAACAGCCCCAGCUGCCGGAGACAGGAGGCAGUGGCGGCGGAGGCGGCAGUGUGGUGCUCCCUGCUUACCCGCCCUGUACCAGCACCACCUCCCAGAUGUCAGCUGACCUCGUGGCGUCUGAAGUCGGCAGCGGCGACACGGCCGAGACCGACUCGACUCCGACCUCUGCCGACAGACGCGGCGACGGCACCGGUACCGCCGGCGGAGGAACCGCCGUGGACGGUGGUGUCGUUGGGGCUGGCGAGGGGCAGUGCUCCGGCAAUGCUAGCUCGGCCCGUACUGCCAGAAAGAGGCCACAGUUCUCCUAUACGGAGCUCGGCGCUAUGGCCAUAGCACAGUCGCCGCACAGGAGGGCGAAGCUGUCAGAGAUGUACGCCUACGUCACGAGCCGCUUCCCUUACUACAGGCGCAAGAAGUUCUGGCAGAAAGCAUUCAGCAACAAUCUGUCACGCAGCAAGUGCUUCGUCAAUGUGCCACUGGAGGGUGACAAGCAGAAGGGGAACUACUGGAUGCUCGACCCGAAGUACGAGGCCGUGUUGGAGAAAGGCAACUUCCGCCACCGUCACGAGGAGCGGCCGUUCCUCGGGAGCCCGGCAGUGUCGGUCGCUCUGCGCCGACAGCGACACCGCACGGGCCUGUCGGAACACCCGCAGGUGCCGGAGUCGGGAGGUUGCGGUGUCGGAGACGCCGCCGUGCUGCUCCCCUCCUACCCGCACUACGCUAGACCUGCUCAAAUUUGUGACGGAAGUGACAGUGCUUCAUUUGAAGAAAGUAAUCUUCAGAAUGUGACCCGCGACGAGUUGCUGAUGGCGCAAGAGAUGUCGACACACUUCAUCAGUUGUAGUGAUCCGACAGGUGACAGUGCUUCAUUUGAAGAAAGUAGUCUUCAGGAUGUGACCCACAACGAGUUGGUGACGGCCCGAGAGAUGUCGACACACUUUAUCAGCUGUAGCGUACCGACACGAGGAAUUAUCACACGGGAGGAUAAUUCCUUCUGCAGCACAGAUAAUAUUGAUGGACCCUCUGAUGAUUCACAUCCCAUUUGUGAUCUGCAGAAUGUUAAAGUAGAGGUUGUUGAAGAUCCAUUAACAGUCCCAUGGUUCAAUGGGUGUUUUAAGGAGGAUCCAGAUACAUAUUUAGGAGUGAAUGCCACUGAGAGUGAGGAGGAAGCCAGAGGACGACACGCCCCAGAUGUUACACGAGAAAGUACCGACGCCCCGACCUCGACCGGCCUGUCGGUCGCGGAGGUUGGCAGUACUGGCCGGACUGCCCCCGACUUGCCCGACCUCGGCGGCAGCCACAGACGCGGACACGACGUGACACCGUGGAUGAGUAACCCCGGUACUCCGACCUUCGCAUCCUGCUACACCACUAACGAUAGUGGCGAUUGCACAGAUGUCGACAGCGGGGAGAUCGGCACUGGCUGUGUUGCCGGUGGGGCGGCCGUGGUGCGGCGUCUCGGUAAUACUGGCUCUGCCAGUGCAGCCGACACUAAGCCACAAUUCUCGUAUAAGUCGGUCAUUGCUAGCGCCAUAGCGCAGUCACCGCACAGGAGAUUGACGCUGUCGGAGAUCUACGCCUACAUCGCGAGUCACUUCCCCUACUUCAGAGGCAAGAAGAAGAGGAUGUGGAAGAACUCGGUACGCUGCUGCCUGUGGUACCACAAGUGCUUCGUCAAAGUGCCACAGGAGGGUGGCGGCGGCGACAAGGCCAAAUGCUUCAACUACUGGACACUCGACCCGCGAUACGAGGAGGUGUCCGAGACCGGCAAAUUCCGCCACCGGAGCGAGAAGUGGCUGUUCCGCAGGAGCCCGGCAGCGUCACCGUCCGUGCACCGAGUUCACGCGCGCCACAGCCGGCACCGACACCCCGGCCACCGCCCGCAACGGCAGCUGCUCAGUGGCCCGUCGGCUCACUCCCAGCUGCCGGAGACCGCCACCAGAAACAGCGCUGCCACCGCAACUUCGACCGGUCUCCUCGUCUCCGAUGCCGGCAGCACUGUCCGGGCUGCCCCAGACCCGUCCCACCCCGGCAGCAGCCACUUAGAGGGCAGCGUCCCGGUGUCGGACGCGACGGUGCCGACAGACUGUGCCGCUACUCCGAACUCUCCAUCCGGUGGCACCGGCACCGGCCGCGUCGACGGUGCCGGCAGCGACGGGAGGGCGAGCACCGUGGGCGGUCCUGCCAGUGGAGCGGGCCAGAAGCGGUCCUCUGACGACACUGGCUCGGCGAGUAUCGCCCGCAGCAAGCCACCGUUCCGAUACGAGGAGCUAAUUGCUAUGGCCAUACUGAAAUCGCCGCACAGGAGAGCGACGCUGUCCGAGAUCAAGGCCUACAUCGCGAGCCGCUUCCCUUACUUCGAGCGCAGUGAGAAGAGGUGGCAGAAAUCGGUGCACUGCAAACUGUUCUUCAGCGACUUCUUCGUCAAAGUGCCGCUGGCGAUCAGGUACCGCAGGGGCAGACAGUGCAACCUCUGGAUGCUCGACCCACGAUACGAGAACAUGUUCAGGAACGGCAACUUACAGCGAUUCCGGCACGUGAAACAGCCCUCCUCCCGGAGUCGGGGUAUCAGGAGCAGAGGUGGACGCGUUGGAGUUCGUGCCGUGCCAUCCUGUGCGCCCCCACACUCUGCCAGAUACGAGCACAGCACCGAUCCGGCCACCCACCACUCGUCCCGAUCUCGUGACGGCCGCUGCGAGGACGACUCUCUGACGUCAGACGCGGCGGCAACUCCGGGCGACGCAGCUGCUUCGACCUCUGCCAGCAGUGGCACCGAUAUCGACACUGGGGGAACCGCCGUGGGAAAGGCUGCCGAUGGGGCGGGCGAGGAGCGGCACCCCAGUGUUGCCGGCUCAGCUGGCACUGCCGAAAAGAAGCCGCCGUUCUCGUACACGGAGCUCAGCGCUAUGGCCAUAGCAGACUCGCCACACAGGAGGGCGAAGCUGUCGGAGAUCUUCGCCUACGUCACGAGCCGUUUCCCCUACUACGAGCUCGGCAAGGAGGUCUGGCAGAGAGCGUUGAGCGUCAACCUGUCGCGCAGCAAGUGCUUCGUCAACGUGUGGCACGGGAGCAGCACCUACUGGAUGCUCAAUCGGCGGUACGAGGACAUAAUGGAGAUGGGCAGAUUACGCCGCCAACACGUCAAGCGGCCGUUCUUCGGGGGCCCGACGGCUGCGGUCGGCGCACGCCGAGUGCCGACUCGCCACAGUCUGCGGAAGUGUCGCAGCUGGCGGCGCCACACCGGCCUGUCGGAGGAGCAGCCGCGGCUGCGGGAGUCAGGAGCUGGAGGCGGCGGAGCCGGUGCUGCAGUGAGUGGCACUGAGCCUCCCCCCGCAUCUCCGCACUGCACCAGGUCUGCUCGACUUUCUGAUGGGAAUGACAGUGCUUCAUUUGAAGAAAGUAAUCUUCAAAAUGUGACCCACGAUGAGUCGAUGAUGGCUCGAGAGAUGUUGACACACUUUGUCAGUUGUCGUGUUGCGACACAAGGAAUUACCACAGAAGAGGAUAAUUCCUUCUGCAAUACAAAUAAUUCGGAGGCACUUACUGGUGGUCCACUUACCGUCAGUGACCCGCAGAGUAUUAAGAAAGAGGUUUUUGAAGAUCCAUUAGCAGUGUCAACGUUCAGCAGGUGUAUUAAAGAGGAUCCAGACUUACAUUUUGAGGUGGAUGCAACUGACAAUGAAGAGGAAGCCACAAGAGGACAUGCUUCAGAUGUUACACGUGCCGCUACCCUGACGUCGGUGAACGACGUCGGCGGCACCGGUCCGGCCGCCCCCGACACGUCCCUCCGCAGUAACGCCCACGGCGAGGACGACGUCCCACUGCGGGACGUGACGGUGUCGACGGACGGUGCCGGUACUCCGACUUUCACGUCCUCUGGCACCGCUAGCGGUAGUGACGGUGGCGCCGACACCUGUGUGGGGAGAAGAGCCGGGCGCAGUGCUGCCGGUGGGGUGCACGGGGAAUGCCGCCUCCGUGACGCCGGCUGUGUCGGUGCAGCCGACAGUAACCUGCAGUUCUCCUACAAGGAUACCAUUGCCGCUGCCAUAGCGCAGUCACCGCACAGGAGAUUGACGGUGCCGGAAAUCUACGCCUACAUCACGAGUCACUUCCCCAACUUCAGAGGCAAGAAGAAGAUCUGGCGGAACUCGGUACGCUGGUGCCUGUGGUAUCACAAGUGCUUCGUCAAAGUGCCACAGGAGGGUGGCGACGACGAUGCCAAAUGCUGCAACUACUGGACACUCGACCCGCAGUACGGAGACGUGUCGGAGAACGGCAGAUUGCGCCACUGGUGCGAGGAGCGGCCAUUCCGCAGGACCCCGGCAGCGUCCGUGACCGUCCGCCGAGAUCGCACGCGCCGCAGCCUGCGCCGGCACCCGCAGCGACGUCACACCGGCCUGUCGGAGCAUCCCCAGCUGCCGGAGACUGCCACCGGCACCUCCACCCUGUCAGUGAGGCUACCGGUUUCCGACAUCGGCGGUACUUGCGAGGCCGCCUCAAACUCGUCCCGACCCGGCGACGGUCGCUGCGAGGACGACACUCCCGCGUCGGACGUAACGGCGUCUCCGGGCGGCGCCACUACUCCGACUCCCGUCUCCGGUGGCGGGUACGGCGACAGCACGGAUAGCACCGGCGGGGGAACCGCUGCCGGUGGGGCGAGGGAGGAUCGGCACUCUGGUGACGCUGGCUCAGCCUGGGCUGCCAGAAAGAGGCCGCCCCACUCCUACACUGAGCUCAGCGCUAUGGCCAUAGCGCACUCGCCAAACAGGAGGGCCAAGCUGUCUGAGAUCCACACCUACAUCGUGAACCACUUCCCCUACUUCACACACAGGAAGAAGAUCUGGCAGAAAGCGUUGAGCACCAUCCUGUCGCACAAAAAGUGUUUCGUCAAUGUGCCGCAGAAGGGCGGCAACUACUGGACGCUCGACCCGCAGUACGAGGAAAUGUUGGAGAGAGGCAAAUUCCGCCGACGGGGCAAGAAGCGGCCGUUCCGCGAGGGCCCGGGACUGUCGGUAGCCGCUCACCGAGUGCCCACGCGCCACAGCCAGCGCCUACACGGCAGCCGCCAGCCGCACCGGCAGGAACUCCGCGCCGGCCUCGCGGGACACCCGCAGUUGCCGGAUACCGCCGUCGGGUCACCGGUCGGGCCCUCGGAGCUCCGGGCCGCUGCCGACACCCCCGCUGCAGGUGGAGAAGGCGGCGACGGGGGUGGUGCUGUCGUAGGCGGCGCUGUACCACUCCCCGCCUAUCUGCACUGUGACCGGUACCAGAACGAGUCUACACAAAUUUCUGAUGGGAAUGACAGUACUUCACUUGAAGAAAGUAAUCUUCAAAAUGGUACCCGUGAUGAGUUUGUGAUGGAGCAAGAGACAUCAACACACUUCAUCAGUUGUAGUGUUCUAACACAAGACGUUGUAGCUCAAGAGGAUAAUUCCUUCUGCAGUUCAGAAAAUAUACAGACUGAUGCAUUUGCUGAUGAUCCACUUACCAUUUGUGACACACGGAACAUUAAGAGAGAGGUUUUUGAAGAUCCAUUAGCAGUCACAGGAUUUGGUGGCUGUAUCAAAGAGGAUCCAGACUUACGUUUCGGAGAGGGUGCCACUGACAAUCGAGAGACAGCCACAAGAGGACACGCUUCAGAUAUUACACGUACCGCCGGCUCGACCCCGACCGGCCCGUCGAAGUCUGAGGUUGGUGGCACCGGCUGGGCUGCUGCAGACUCGUCCCACCUCGGCGGCAGCCACUGCGAGUACGACACCGCAGCGUCGGACGUGAUGGUGUCGACGGGCGACGCCGGUACUCUGACCUCCGCGUCCUGUGGCAUUUCGGACAGUGGCGGUGGCAAAACUUACACUGACAGCGGGAGAACUGGCACAGGCAGAGCUGCUGGCGAGGGAGGCAAGAAGUGGUACCUCCGUGGCACUGACUCUGCCAGUCCUGCCACCACUAAGCCACAGCUCACCCACAAGGCACUCAUUGCUGGUGCCAUAGCACAGUCACCGUACAGGAAAUUGACGCUGUCGGAGAUCUACGAUAACAUCGCGAGCCGCUUCCCCUACUUCAGAUGCAACAGGAAGAUCUGGCUGCACGCGAUAAGCUGCUGCCUGUGGUAUAACAAGUGCUUCGUCAAAGUACCGCAGGAGGGCGGCGACGACAAGGCGAAAUGCUGCAACUACUGGACACUCGACCCACGGUACGAGGACGUGUCUGAGAACGACGGAUCCCGCGACAGGCGCACGAAGCGGCCACGACGCGGGGGCCCGGCAGCGACGGUGCCCGCGCACCGGGCGUUCUCGCACCACGGCCGGCACCGACACGUCGACGACGACCCCUGUCGGGAGCGACACCGCUCCGGCCCGUCCGAACACCUCCGGCUGCCGGAGAACGCGGCCGGGUCACUGUCGGAGCCCUCGGUGUGUACUGCCGGCGGCGGAGGUAGUGGCGUAGGGAGCGGCGCAGUCGGAGGCGGCACCGCGUCGGUCUCCGCCUACCCCCACUACUCCAGCACCGCCGUCCCUACCUCGGCCGGCCUCUCGGUCUCCGAGGACGACGACGCCGUCCGGCCCGCCUACGAGCCGCCCCUCCCCGGCGAAAGCAACUGCUGCGAGGACGGUAUCUCGGGACCGAUCGCGGUGACGUCGACGGGAGGUGCCGCUACUCUGACCUCCCCGUCCGGUGGCAGCGGUAACGGGUGCACCGACGGCACCGGUAGCGACAGGCGGGGAACCGCUGCGGGCUGUUCUGGCAGUGCGGCGGGCGAGGAGCGGACCUCUGGUGCCACAGCGUCGGCCAGUACGAAACCACCGUUCUCCUACGAGGAGCUGAUUGUUAUGGCCAUUAUGAAGUCGCCGCACAGGAGGGCAACGUUGACCGAGAUCAAUACCUACAUCUCGAGCCACUUCCCGUACUUCGAGCGCAACGAGAAGAGCUGGCAGCACUCGAUACACUGCAAGCUGUACUUCAGCAAGUACUUCGUCAAAGUGCCUCUGAGGAGCAGCAAGUACAAGGGCAAAUUCUACAACUACUGGAUGCUCGAUCCACAAUACGAGGACGUGUUCGAGAACGGCAACUUCCAGCGACAACAGCACACGAAGCGGCCCUUCUCCUGGAGCCGGGGUAUCGGGAGCAGAGGCGGAGGUGGCGGAGUUCACGCUGUGCCGUCCUCCGCCACCCUGCACUCUACCAGACACGAGCGCAGUACCGGCCGAGCUACCCGCGACCCGUCCCGACCCGGCACCGGCCGCCGCGAGGACGACGUCCCGACGUCGGACACGACCGCGUCCGCAAUCGGCGCCGCUAGUCCGGCCGUCGCAUUCGGGGGUACCGCCGACACUGUCGGCGGCAGUACUGUCACCGACGGCGGGACGGCCGCGGGGGACGGUGCUGCCGGUGCGGCAGGCGACACUGGCUCGCCCUCUACUGCCGACGUGAAGCCGCCGUUCAGCUAUACGGAGCUGAAUGCUAUGGCCAUAAUGCAUUCUCCACACAGGAGGGCGACGCUGUCCGAAAUUUACACCUACGUCACGAGCCGCUUCCCCUACUGUAAGCGCAACAAGAAGUUCUGGCAGAGAGCACUGAGCAACAACCUGUCUCGUAACGAGUGCUUCGUGUACGCCCCACAGGAGGGUGCCGAGCAGAAGGGCAGCUGCUGGAAGCUCGACCCGCAGUACGAGGACGCGUUCAAGAACGGCAAGUUCUGCCACCGGCUCGGUGCACGACUCCGCCGCCACUGGCAGCAGCGGCACCGUGCCGGCCUGUCGGUACGACGCGGAGCCGCCGGGAGCGGAGCAGUCGGCAUCGGAAGUGGCGCCGUUCCACACCCCGGCUACACGCAGUGUGCCAGCAGUCCGGCGGAGGACGACUGCGGCACCGACGGACGUAGCGGCCGCCCGGAGAGAGACGGCCCGGGCGCACGAGACGACGACUCGUCGCGGCGCACUGCCACUGCCGAGCCGGAAGUGUCCGGCGGAAACGACGGCGGUGCGGUGCGGCCAGCGCUCGACUGCGAGGAGGCUUUCACACGAGGGCAGAAUCCGGAGCGGCAUAGGCACGUCGGCUGCGGUCACGUGUCAGUUUCUCGCAGUGCGUGCCACGGGGCGUUCGAGAGGCGCGGCAGCUCGAACCGGCACGUGCGUCUGCACGCGGGCGAACGCCCUUACGACUGUCACGUGUGUCGCAAGACGUUUGUGAGGAGUAGCAACCUGAGGGAGCACUUGCUGCUGCACACGGGUCAGAGGCCCUACAGGUGUAGCUUCUGCCUGAAGGCGUUCACUGCGAGUUCCAAACUGAGGAAGCACUUACGGGUGCACGCAAACUGUCCGACAUCCGCCGUAAGAGGUUCGGGAGGAGACGCGAGUGAGGUACGCGUGGAAUCUCGGGACCGGGAUGCGUCACUGCCCUAGGAAUAGGGGGAGUCGAUCAUUUUGUGGUGCCUCUUUGCCGAUAUAAUACACGGACUAAUACACCCGCAUUACUGGCAUUACAAUAAAGCUCACUUCGUGAGAGACUGUAGAUAUAUUGUGACAUCGUAGGACAGGACUGGAGUGUAUAAUGUGACGGCUUCACAAGCGCCCGUCGUAACACUGACAGUAAAGCUUCCGUACUGCUUUGUCUCACAAAAAUUUGUAAAUCCAUUUUUUGUAAUGAUAAUGUACUUGUACAUCCAUGUGCCAAUUUUUAGGUUCCAACAUUUUACUGGGUAAUAAUCAUCAAACCGGCGUACUUUUUAGCUACACCAGUGGAGCUGCUAAUGUAGUGAUUAAAUUAUUUGCAGAGUGGCAUACAAUACUGUGUUUGAUAACGUAUCUCAGUCGUGAAAUCGUUUUCAAUCCUUGAGAACUUAGUUAACCACGAAAUAUGCAAAUAAAACAUUUCUGUUUCAUAUUGGUGCAAACUUUCUUCACAUUACAUCAAAAAAUUCACAAGCGCCCCUCGUAACACUGACAAUAAAGCUUCCGCACUGCUUUGUCUCACAAAAAUUUGUAAAUCCAUUUUUUGUAAUGAUAAUGUACUUGUACAUCCGUGUGCCAAUUUUUAAGUUCCAACAUUUUUGCAGGGAUUAUAUGUUAUUCUUUACAGAUCUGCAUGUAUGAUUUUUCCCAGAUGAUUCUUUCUGCUCCUAAAAUUUAAUUAAAGCAACUAUUAAUAAAAUGUAACAUGAAAA